CCAAAUUUCCCCCAUUGUGCAAGCUUCGUAAAGUGUAAUUUGUGGGGUUCGUUUGUCCUCACUGUGUGACAAGUAGAGGGCAUUUGACUAUGAAAAGUUCAGUAUUGUAGUAAACAAGAGAUUUAUCUUCUGCUAUUUAUAGGAAGUAGAACAUCCAUAUUCAAAGGCAGCCAAUCUCUGAGCACCUCAGAUAUGGGAACAGAGUGAAAAACAUCUUCUUUGUCGCCAUUUCCACUUCAUCGCAUGGCUCGCCAUCAUGGAUUGACUGUUUUCAUUUCGAUUCUGGGCUCUGUCCUAAUUUAACCUCCUCUUCUUCAAGGCCGCUUGAUUUAUUGCCGUCAUUUCACUGUUUUUCUAGUGCAACUUCUGCUAAAACCCCAGUAAUAUCCAUUACUAAAUACGUUAAUCUGGAUGAAGUGUGUAGACCGCGAGGGGGCAAAUUUAACGUAUAUUUAGGCGAAAUAAUCUCGGAUACUGCGUGCCGUGGAGAACCGGGAAAAGUAUUAACACUUCUGCCAAGGGGAUCCCAAUUCAACCCCAGGCACGCUGCUGACAGAUGGCGCUCGGGAGUCGCAGGCCAACCAGAUUAUUAAACGGCUCUUCGCUUCCCCCCACCCCUCCUUUGUCCCUCCGUCUGCGCGCUGGCUCGCUCCGAGGCGCUUUGGGGCGCUGGAUGCGUUAGGAAGGGCCAUCCGGGGCAGGUGCCGCUCACCUGGGCCGAGCAAGGAAGCCCCCUUUCCGGCGUCCGUCGCUCCAGCCCGGCCCUGAUGGCGCGCCGACUGCCGCUUCAACCCAGCUCCGGUCCUGCGCUCGCCGCCCUCCCGUCCUGGCGGCUGUGAGACCAGCCCCGGCUGCUUUCUUGGCUUGGAUGAGCCGCCCGCAUCCCGACGCCGCACUGCGAUGCUGUUUUCCUGGUGCAGCCCUCAACCUUGAGCUCAGGAGCCACAAUGCCAGAGGCUGGGGCGGCAGGACCGGCGGCGAGCGGCCAGGAGAACAAGCGAGGCGGAGGCACGAUGGAUGGGGAGGCGGCCGCGCCACCUGCUACCGGGGUCCUGGACAAGCUGUUUGGGAAACGUCUGCUGCAGGCUGGGCGUUACAUCAUGUCCAAUAAAUCGUGGAUGAAAACAGUCCCCACAGAAAACUGCGAUGUGCUGAUGACUCUGGCAGAUACAACUGAUGACCACACAUUACUAUGGUUGUUGAACCACAUCCGUUUGGGAAUCCCAGAGCUCAUCAUCCAGAUUCGGCAUCACAAGCACACCCGGGUCUAUGCAUUCUUUGUCACAGCAACUUAUGAAAGUUUGCUCCGGGGCGCAGACGAGAUUGGCUUGCGAAAGCCUGUGAAGGCUGAAUUUGGAGGUGGCAUGCGCGGUUUCUCCUGCGAGGAAGAUUACAUCUACGAGAACAUAGAAAAUGAACUCUAUUUUUUCACUUCUCAGGAACGCCAAAACAUCAUCAGGUAUUGGCUGGAGAACCUGCGGGCCAAGCAGGGUGAAGUGCUGCAUAACAUCCACUUCCUGGAAGGGCAGCCAAUCAUCCCUGAGCUGGCUGCUCGUGGUAUCCUCCAGCAAGUCUUCCCCAUCCACGAGCAACGGAUUCUGAACCGGCUGAUGAAAUCGUGGGUACAAGCCAUUUGUGAAGCCCAGCCUUUGGAUGAAAUAUGUGACUAUUUUGGGGUGAAGAUUGCCAUGUACUUCGCAUGGUUGGGCUUCUACACGUCAGCCAUGGUAUACCCUGCUGUCUUUGGCUCCCUCCUCUACACCUUCACAGAGAAUGACCAGACCAGCCGGGACAUUUGCUCUGUUAUAUUUGCCAUCUUCAAUGUUAUCUGGUCCACGCUGUUCCUAGAGGAGUGGAAACGUCGAGGAGCCGAAUUCGCAUACAAGUGGGGAACUUUGGACACACCAGCAGAGUCCAUCGAAGAGCCUCGGCCGCAGUUCCGGGGUGUGAAGCGCAUCAGCCCAGUGACUAACACGGAAGAGUUCUACUACCCGCCUUGGAAGCGGUUGCUCUUCCAGUGUUUGGUGAGCUUGCCCAUCUGUAUCUUCUGCCUCUCCUUUGUCUUCCUUACCAUGCUGGGCUGCUUCGAAUUGCAGGAAUUUGUGCUGAGCAUCAAGGAGCUGCCACGCCUUGUUCGCUUCUUGCCCAAAAUCAUGCUGGCCGUCAUCGUCACCGUCUGUGAUGAAAUCUACAGAAAAAUUGCCUACUGGCUAAAUGAUAUGGAAAAUUAUCGCUUGCAGAGUGCCUACGAAAAACACCUCAUCAUCAAAAUGGUCUUGUUUCAGUUUGUAAAUUCAUACCUAAGUCUUUUCUACAUUGGAUUCUACCUCAAAGACAUGGACCGCCUCAAGGAGCUCCUGCUCAUCUUUUCUCUCUUCCAAAGCCUUGUGCGUCAGCUUAAAGACGCGGUCCUUCCCUCCAUCAUUCUCCAACUUCACCUCUAUCUCAUCUCCUUUAAGGGUUUGCUGAGUUUUUCCUGGCAUCUGGGCAUCUCCAAAAUGCUGGCUACACUCCUCAUUACCCGCCAGUUCUUGCAGAAUAUUAAGGAAGUCUCUCAGCCCCACUUAUACAGCAAGUUCAAGCGUGGUGACUUCAGUAUGCAAAACCUUCGGGAGGUGACCCACACAUUCUUCCGCCUGCUGACCCAGAAGUACACAUUCACCACUUCAUGCGGCACCAACCCUCGGCAUCCCAGGCACAAUGACUCGCCAGCGGGCCACAGGCCAGAGGUCCAUGAGGCUCCAGAGGGGGCCGUCAAGGGGGAGAAGAAAUGCCUCAAUGGAGGGUGCGGAGUGCCUGAAGAAGAGGACGAGGAGAAGAAGGAAUCGGACUCAGAAGAUGAGAGCAUCAUUGACUGUGGGCUGAAGCUGAAAAAAGUGAGCUUUAUUGAAAAAGCUGACCGCAAGACAGGGGAUCCCAGUUUAGAGGAUAUGAGUUUCUUGGAAGAAGGUAGUCCCACCAUGGUGGAGAAAGGGAUGGACCCCUCCUCUGUCUUUGAGCUGUGCGAGGAUGAUGAUGAAAGCGAUGAAGCCUCAGAGAGUCCCUUUAAGGCCCUACCCGAAGUUAAGGAGCCAGCUGUUAUCAUGCGGACUCGGAGGCCACGGGUAGGCAAGAACCUCACAGAAGGCGAGGAAGAAGAAGAGGAGGAUGGGUAUGAGAAUCAAAGACAUGCCAGGUCCUCAUGGAUCGAUCCACCAGAGGAGAACUACACCACACAGCUUGCCCAAGCCGAAGUGGAGAGCUGCAUGAAAAAAUAUGAGGACACUUUUCAAGAUUACCAGGAGAUGUUCAUCCAAUUUGGCUACGUGGUCCUUUUCUCGUCGGCUUUCCCCUUGGCUGCAAUGUGUGCCCUCAUCAACAAUAUCAUUGAAAUCCGGAGCGAUGCCUUCAAGUUGUGUACGGGGCUCCAACGCCCCUUUGGGCAGCGGGUGGAAAGCAUUGGAGAGUGGCAGAAAGUGAUGGAGGCCAUGGGCGUCCUGGCCAUUGUGGUGAACUGCUACCUGAUUGGCCAGUGUGGGCAGCUGCAGCGUCUUUUUCCAUGGCUGAGUCCUGAAGGUGCUAUAAUCUCUGUGGUGGUGCUAGAGCAUUUUGCCCUUUUGCUCAAAUAUGUCAUCCAAGUUGCAAUUCCUGAUAUCCCGGCCUGGGUUGCAGAAGAGAUGGCCAAGCUUGAAUACCAGAGGCGGGAAGCCUUUAAGAAGCACGAGCGACAGGCCCAGCACCAUUUCCAACAACAGCAGCGUCGUAAACGGGAGGAAGAGGAGCGUCAGCGCCACGCCGAAUAUCAUGCCCGGAAAGAACGUGAGAGCAGCCGGGAGGAAGGCAAGGCUAACGGUGGCGGGCAGGAUCCUGGACACGAGAAGAGUCAGCCCAAAGGGAAGGGUUCAGGAGGGUCAAGCCACGGAUCUGAGAAACCCAAACGGCCCAGCUCCCUCCUGGCCACCAACAACGUCAUGAAGCUCAAGCAGAUCAUCCCUCUGCAGGGCAAGUUUUUAUCAGGGAGCACGGGGGCAGCUGGCACUGGGACGGCCCGUUCACCCCAGUCCCCCACUAGUACUGAUAACAAACUACCUGGGUUCCUUAGUUUCAAGUUCCUUAAGUCCCCAGAGACAAAACGGGAAGCCAACACUGAAAAGGUGCAGUCACCCACUAAGCCUUUCAACCCCAGCAAACUGUUCAACUUCAGCAAAUCCGAAGGGGGCAACGGGGCAUCGUCCCUGCCACGUCCCGGCCCUUCGGCAGAUGCCGGCGAAAAGCCUUUGGCCGGCAGAUCACAUCUCAACGGGUUGUCAGAUGAGGAAGUGUCUGAGGACCUGGAGAUCCGAACAAUGGUGGAGGAGGAGGGGCCGAGCCACAAACUGUAACCAAGAGGUUAGGGUGUGAGAGCUGGGAAGAGGGAGGAAGGCGUGGGUUGCUAGUUGGUUCCUCAAGCAGAAUUGGGGCAGCCUCUGCGUUGAGUUGGGAGAGGUCUGCUGAGUCUAUGAACCCUUUUUUCCAAGCAACUUCAAGGCAAACCUUGCUGAGAUGUUCACCUGGAAAAAGAAAGUUGAAGAUGGUUCCAGGGAGGUUUUGAUGGCUUUGACCUGGAGACUCCGUUCUGAUAUUGGUGGUUAUUGAUCUAAGUCAGAUUUUAAACCGAGAACUCCCAAGAAUAAAGAAAGCAUUGCAAGUUAGAAGUGAAGGAUACGAAGCGGAAGGUAGAGGGGACUUCCACUAACCUUUAACAGGUCAUGUUACAUGUCUUUUCCCCCUUAUUUUAUCAGAGCUCGGGCCAGGAAAGCAUCCUAGCUCAAACUGAUUUUCUAAAUUUUAACCCACGUAAUUCCCAGAUGCUUCUCCGUCUUUAACACGGAUGGACAAGACUGCAAAAAAGUUGGCGCAAUUUCUUGUUUUAAGAAGUCACAACCUUUUGAAAAUGUCAUUCAUCUUUGUUGGAGUCUUUUGACUUUUCCUCCAGAGUUUUGCUUAGGGAGACCCCCCUCAGGUAUUUAGAUAGAAUUUCAGCCAUAGCUAGUGUAGCCUUUUUCCUGGAUGUAAAUAUUUCGAAGAGAGCCACAAAUACUAGAAUCGGAUGGGAGGAAGCUUUGCAUUACUUUCCCCUCCUUCCAUUUAAAUCAUAGAUGAUCCCCACGCAACCCCAUUUCUGCUUGAAGAACAGCCUCAUGUGGCAGCAAAGCACAGGAUUUUCAGGAGGCUGGAAGGGAACGGGGAAGGUUGGAACCAUUGUCCAUGCAUGAUUGACAUCUCUUGCACUAAAACUGAAAAAAAAAACCACGGUGACUUUCACAUUUCUGAGACAGUCGAUCAAAGAAAAAGAAUUGAGACAAAUAGCAUUAAGAGUUCUCGGAACAAAGAUCUACCACCUAUUUUCCUUCUACAAACUUAGUAAUAAAGAAAACAAGAAAUAAAGGGAUGGCGGGGGGGAUAAAAUCUAAUUUGGGAGACACUAUUAUUAAAUUAUUAUUAAUUUAUUUUGCAAUAAGGACCUUGACCUGUGACAGGCUGCGGCAAGGAAAUUUUUCUCAACUUGCUGCUUAAUGGGGAAAACAGAUACAGGUAGCCCUCAACUUACAAUCACAAUUGGGAUUUGAAGUUCCAUCGCUAAGAGAUAUGAUCAUUAAGUGAGCCGUGCCCCAUUUUAUCACCUUUUGCCAUGGUCAUCAAGGAAAUCACACAACUAUUAAGUGAAUCUGGCUCCCCCCCCCUUAACUUUGCUUGUUGGUAAUCCUCUGGGAAGGUCACUAAUGAUGAUCACAUAAAUCUUGUGGGACACAGCAACUGUCGUUAAGUAGAUGCUCCUUGCCAAGCGCACAAGUGACUACAAGGCUGCUACAACAGCCCUAAGUGCAAUGGCUGGUCACAAGUCACUUUUUUCAGUGCCAUAAUUUUGAACAGUUGUUAAACGAAUGGUCGUAAAUCAAGGAUUACCUGUAAAUUGAGCUAAUUUCUUAAUGACUUCAUUGAGAAAUCCAUGCAGUUGGCCUUGCCAGAAUAUGGAAGAGUUUGCUACAGCUGCUGUUGCUGCCCUCUGAAAUACUUCUUUCAGAUUCCGCGUCCAACUUGCACACCAGGGAUUUCCUGGUCAUGUCUUUACCAGUAUUAACCAUAUUAACCAGUUCAGCCCUGCUUGGCUUUUUAAAUAUUCAGGUCCACCCACUUGCUGAGUUGAAAGGGAAGAGUUUGAGCAAAAAGAUAGAAAAUCCAGAAUGCAUAUUGAAAUAAAUAGGAGGAGGUGAGGGAGAAUGGAAUUUUCUCAUUAAUCUGCCCCUAUAGUUAUCACCUUCAGGACUGUUCUAACACUUUGGAAAUGGGGUGGAUGGAACAUUAUUUUUUUUUAAUCAGGCAGUGUCUAUUUGUACUUUUGCCUUGUGGCCUAAAUUUCUCACAAUUGGUCUGGAUAGGUAGGAAAGGGGAGAAAAUCUUCCUUUAAUCUGGUAGCGGCUUUUAAUAUGCAAAUCACUAAGACCUGCUGCGGCCUUUUUUUUUUUUUGGGUUCCUUAAAAAAAAAAGCAAUUGAACCCCCAGCCAAAAAAAAAAAAAAAAUAGCAGCGUCCCUUGAUUUCCAGCUUUGCAGAAUCUCUGAACGUAGUUUUGUUAGCAGGAAGGCUGUUGCUGAGAGCAGGCAUGGCCUCUGCCAUCCCCAUCCCACCCCACUCCACCCAACUUAAGUGAGCAGGAAGCGGCAAUCUUAGCACCACAGAUCUACGGACGCAGCAUCUCAAGCUUUUGUCGGCUUCCCCAAAUUUAAAGGAAAACUGCUUUGUCUUUUCUUUACUAGUCCAAAGGAGUCGGUCGCUUUGCAGGAUGGAAAAGAAGUGACUCUCUAAAGGAAGGAUUUCUCUUUGUCUUCUAUACACAACCCCGUCCUUCUCCGGAGCAAUUUGCCAUCACCGCAAUACAUAACUGACUGCUAAAUACAUUUGCUCCUCACAAGCCAUUGCAGUGAUCAGGUUGGAGAGGGAUUUCCAACAGGUGCUGGUCACCUUUCCAGCCUGUUUCUGAAAAAAGCCCCUCAGAGGAUUUUCGACUACUAAAUCCUCCCAAGGGAAAAAGGGAGGGGACCCCCAAUAAGUGAGCUUUGAUUCUCUCCUCCGAAUCACUCCUUUGCCAGAUGGUGAAGCCAAGUGCUGGCCUAGCUGUAUUUUCACUCACAAUGCCAAAAAAAGAGGACUGACCUGCAUGGCUUUGAUGCUCAAAGCUUUCUCUCUCUCUCUCUCUCUUUUUUUUUUUGCGGUGGCAUCACUUUCAAGCUGUUUCGCAAGAGCAAUAACACAACGCUAGCAGCUACCAAGUCCAUUGCUGGAUGCCAGCUCCAUUUGAUGAGUGCCAAGGAAAUAACCAGGAGAGAAAGACUGGUAUGCUGGCUUGGACUCGUCCGGGACACAUGUGGGUUUUUCAACAUGGCUCUUCUGUCUUCUAUCAAGUUGGCAGAAGAGAACCUCACUCGCAGCCCUUAGCUGUGACACCAAGGAGUAGUCUCUUCUCUUGGUGGACUUAAUCUGCCUGCGUUUCAUUCCCUGGCUAAAACGGGCCACUUUCAUUCUGCUGAAUGGUUGGAGGACUAGAUGUCAUCCGAAUAGUCAAUCCAUUCUCCUGCUUCUUCAUUGCCUAACCACAGGAAUGCGUUUUCCCCAGUGACCCGGCCAGCGUUCAUUCAUAUUUGCCAUGUCUAGCCAACCAAAGCUUAGCAAAACGGGGGCAGAAAGGCAUGAUUUGAACGCACCAAGGACCCUCCCAAGCCAGGUGGGAUUUUUUUGAGGUGGGCAGGAAGGCUCCCUUCUCUUCCUCCUCUCGCACCCUUCCAGUUCUGCAGCACCCAAGGCCCAACUCCAAUAUUGAUCUCAGAGUACCUACAAAAAGCACUGGUCUCUUUAAUGUCUUACUCUUCUGAGCAAUUCACUGUACCAGAGGGGAUUUUUUUGUUUUGUUUUUUAAACAUGAGGAAAGCAGAGGGGACUAUUUUUUUUAAUUUAUUGAUUUGCUGCAUUCUAAUUUAUUUCUGUGACUUGAGCAAGGAGGGUGGGAGAAUCUCAAUUUCUUUUUAAGUUAUUUUUGUCAUAUUUUUGUAAAUUUGGCAGAAAUGCAAUAAAAUUAUAUUUCAACAAAAGGAAUAAAAGUCGGGUAGGGCGGGGCAGACACCAGCAGCUCCUUCGGCAUUUAUUUACACAAGGUCCUGACUGAUAACUUUUGCUACACUCAAGAGGAUACAUUAUAUGGAGGUUGAGGGUCUCAUUUAAUUUAUAUGUCGCCCAUCUCACUACCCAAGCGACUCUGGGUGGCUAAUCUGAAACCUAUCAGAUUAGCCACCCAGCUAAUUUGAUUUAUUCAGCAUAUCCCCAUAUAUUGAAUAUUAUAUAAAUUGUGACUAUACAAGGGCCAUUGGCUUUUGGCUGGUCCACAGAAAAUGCUGUGCCAAAUUCGAGCCACAUUAUCACUUAGUGGUGUGUAAAAGCAACCACUGCCUUAAAGUUCUACUUUUUAAGGCAAUAUUAAGGCUUCAAGGAGGCUUUAAAAAUAAGUUUCCUGAAAUUUAAUUGGAUUGUGUGCGUGCAGAGUAUUAGAAUGUGUAUACGUGUGAAUCAGAUGUGUAUAUAUAUAUAUACACAUCUGCCUGGAGUAGUCCUUGCAGUUUUCUUGGUAAUAUUUUUCAGAAGUGAUUUGCUAUUGUCUCCUUUUUAAGGCUAUGUGUUAGGCCCCAAGAUCACACCAGUUCUCUUUGUGCUUAAGGUGGCAUGACAAGAGCCUCCCAUUUUUCAGCCUAAAGUCCUUAGCCUCUGCACCAAACUGGCUCUUUUAGAAAUAUAACCAUGUGUUAAUUCCGUGUUGCUGGAGUUACACUUUGCAACUGCUUAAAAUAGCCUUUGGUGACCCUGAUCCAGCUAAAAGCAAUCUGGCUUCAUAUCUUGUGCUAAGCAAGGGAUUUUUUUUAGGGUACAUUUUGAACUUUGAGAAUAUGGCACGUGUUCUCACAAAAUCACUUUGGGGAAGAGGCUGCCUGCUCACAAAAUGGUGGACAUGGGGGAUGUCCUUCAUGCAAAUGCAAUUUGCCAUCUUUUCUGCUAGGCAGCAAGCCUAUCGCUCAGUUCCUUAAUUAAAGGGUCUCCUAAAAAUUGUCCAGUGACCCAUGGAGUUUUAUGGGUUCUAUGAAAGGCAUUAGGUGUACACAGAUAAUCCUAGAGUUAACACCAUGAAUCAUUACGUUAAAAUACAGCCAGAUUUUAGGUCUCAACUGCAACAAUUCUUGGCAGUCACUAAUUUUUGCUAUAAUCUAGUUAUCUCUGUUUGCAGCCCUGAUUCAGCAGUCCUAUCUUAGGUAUUAGAGAUUUGUCAGAUCUUGGGAGCCACAGACAGAAAUCUAUUCAUCAUUUUGAUUAUAUUCUAUCAAACUCAACAUUUGAUAGACUUCAACAUUUGAUAGACCUCAACAU